AUGUUACCAACACAAGAAGCCACCGACCUCAACCCUGCAUCCGAGACUCUGGAAACUCGAAAGAAUGACAAUUACCCAGAAGGAGGUCUACAGGCAUGGUCUGUGGUUGUUGGAGCAUGGUGUGCAAUGAUCCCUUCGAUGGGGUUGUUGAACAGCUUGGGUAUUCUUCAUGCUUGGACAAGCACCCAUCAGCUCAAGGAGUAUUCCGAAUCAAGCAUCGGUUGGAUAUUUGGAGCAUAUGGAUUUUUUUUGUACCUCGCAGGGGCACAAGCAGGGCCUAUCUUCGAUGCCUUUGGUCCCAGAUACGUGAUACUCCCAGGAUCUAUUGGCAUAGUCAUAUCCAUGGUGUGCUUUAGCUUCAGCAAAGAGUACUACCAGAUAUUCCUCUCCUUCAGUGUUCUUGGGGGACUAUCUGCCUGCACACUUUUCACACCCGCCAUAGCUGCGAUCGGACACUGGUUCAAUAUCCGUCGUGGACUGGCUACGGGCGUUGCAUGCACCGCUGGCGGCAUUGGUGGGGUCAUAUUUCCUCUCAUCAUUCUCUUCGCUGCCCCCAGAAUUGGGUUCGGAUGGGCGAUCCGUAUCAUCGCACUCUUAUGUGCAAUACUGUGCACAGCUGCGCAACUUUUGUUGAAGACAAGGCUACCUCCGAACACAAAAGCUGGCGCGUCUGUGGAUUUCCGCGCACUGAAGGACAUCAAGUAUGCCUCCACCACUGCGGCUAUAUUUUUGGUCGAGUUCGCUGUUUUCAUACCAAUGACAUAUAUUUCGUCAUAUGGAGUGUACAAGGGAAUGGAUAAAACCAUUGCCUACCUUCUUGUUCCCUUUUUGAACCUAGGUGCGAUCCCUGGUAGAUUUCUUCCGGGGCUUGUGGCCGAUCGCAUGGGUCGCUUCAACGUUAUGAUAUUGACAUCAUUGGUUUGCUCAAUGCUGACGCUCGCGCUAUGGUUUGAGGCCGGAAGUGACUCGGCAUCGAUCAUCUGUUAUGCAGUUCUCUUUGGCUUCUGGAGCGGUGCCGCCAUCAGCCUAACACCGGUGUGCAUCUCUCAGGUGUGCGCCACGGAGGAUUACGGGAAAAGAAACGGCACCACGUUUACGAUUGUAAGUGUUGGAACACUGCUUGGCAUUCCAAUCGCUGGUGCGAUUCAAGAACUAAAUGGUGGUGGGUAUUGGGGGUUGAUAGUGUUUGGCGGCGUGCUGUAUUUGGCGUCCACUGGGGCAUUCAUUAUUGCCCGGGGUAUUUGUGCUGGGUGGUCGGUCAGGCUCCGGUUUUAG